AUGGGCUGCGGCGGGAGCCGGGCAGACGCCAUCGAGCCUCGCUACUACGAGAGUUGGACCCGGGAGACCGAGUCCACCUGGCUUACUUACACCGACUCGGACGCUCCGCCCAGCGUCGCCGGUCCGGACAGCGGCCCCGAGGCGGGCGGCCUGCAUGCGGGUGCGCUGGAAGAUGGCCUGCCCUCCAAUGGUGUACCCCGAUCUUCAGCACCAGGUGGAAUAUCCAAUCCAGAGAAGAAGAUGAGCUGUGGGACCCAGUGCCCAAAUCCCCAGAGCCUUGGCUCAGGCCCUCAGCCCCAGAAGCAGAAUGGCCUUCGAACUGGAGAGGCUAAACGAGAUACUAAACGAAUGUCUGCAAAAGAAGUCACCAUCAACGUUACAGACAGCAUCCGGCAGGUGGACAGGAGUAAAAGAAUCACAAAGAACUGCGUCAACUAGCCAAACAUCCAAACUCAAGCGUGGAUGGACUUCUUGGGUGACCUUUGUGAUGCUGGUGUCUGUCCAAGAGACUGGAAGAAGUGGGGGCCACUUGCUGACAUAAAGGCCUUGUGAGACUGACGGACCCCACAGCAAGCGCCUGACUGAGCCCCUUGUUAAGCACAUGAUCACGUUGGCAGUCCUCACCUUUGUUAAUAAAUGGUAAAUGUGCCAUUCA